AUAUCCCAAAUGUUUCUAGUGAAGACCUAAAUACAUGUAUGACAUACGAAUAAUAUAAUAUUGCGUGUGUUCCAAUUCCUUACCUAAACUCUAUGGUUAUAUUUGUUUCACACAUCGUGUAUAAAAAUAUUCUGAACGAUCGAAAGUGAUUGCUCGUUAGAAGGAAACGGUUUAAAAGGGGAUUCCCCAGGUUUACAAUUCUGGGAAAUUCGAGGUUCUGUCACCUGUGUGCUUUUGAAACACGGAUAUAAGAAAAAUGACAUGAUCCCAUAUAAAAGUGAUUACAAUGGUAGAAAAGGCAAAUCCAAAGAGCAUGACACUGAUGAAAAUGGCAGUGGUGCCUCUCAACUAGGUUCUCCCCAAAAUAGGAAGGCUACCCCUACAACCAGUGCCACCAAUAAACAAUUGAACGACAUUGGGUCUGCCAACACAAUUCAACAAGAUCAAGGAGAACAGGCUGAAGCGCAAAAUCAACAUAAUGAACUUCUGCAAGGGGCAGGAGAUCAGAGUCAAGGAACUGAAAAUCAGAGCCAAAGCACUCAAAAUCAGAGUCAAGGGUCUGGAGAUGACCUUGACCUAGUAGUAGAGUCAGGUGCCACAAAUGAUACUUCUCCAGAUCACUUCUUUGAUCCUAAAUUCCUGAACAAUAUCAGUAAACAUAUCGGGUUAACAUGGCGUAGCUUAGGUGUUGAACUGAACUUUUCACGUCAUGAACUGGACAACAUGGAAAAGGAUUAUCCCAAUCUCCAAGCUCAGUGUGCAUUCCACAUGUUGAGCACAUGGCAGGAGAAGUUGUCUUCAAACAAGGAUGCUCGGAGUGAAUUAGCUGCAGCAAUGAGGGAAGCAGAUAGAGGAGAUCUAGCUGAGGAUGUGGAAAAUUAUGAUAAUUCAAAGUUUACUAGGAAUACAGACAGACCUACAAGAAGUCCUAGUUCUACACAGAUACAUGUUGUUGGGGAUAAUACACAGACAACCCAUGUGCCACCAAACAUCAUAAGAUCUCCAAUUAAACAAGAUGUGCCCAGAGGCAACUCUAUGUUAUUCAAUGAAUCCCGGGGGGAAGCAUCUUUCGAAAAACCAGAAUACCCCUUCAGCUUACAGUUCUUAAGGGGCAUUGCAGGACAAAUGGGUAAUGACUGGCGUGAUGUUGGCACAGAACUGGACUUCACUCUACCUGAACUGGAUAAUAUUAAGCAGUUUUUUCCCGAUGACCAAGCUAAGUGUGCCUUCAAAAUGUUGAACACAUGGCAGCAGAAGUUGCCUUCAGGUGAUGCCAGGGGUGCCAGGGAUGCCAGGGGUGCCAGGGAUGAAUUAAUUACAGCCCUAAAUCAAGCAGAUCGAACAGAUUUAGCUGAAUCGGUGGGAAAAUAUGAAGGUAGCGGUAUUGAGACUCCUAAAGCAGUUUCCAAUAUUAGUCCAAUGAGAAAAUCAAGUUUUGAGUGUACCAGCUAUCGAGAAAUGAAACAAAAGCUUGACGAUGGAUGUCGCUAUCUUAUACUCUCAGGAUCUACAGGGGGAGGAAAAACCUGGAACAUAGAGCAUUAUGUCGAAGAGAAAAAGAAAAGUGGGGACAUAGAUGGCGACACUUGGAUGUUUGCUGCAUCAACAAAGGACAAUCUUGUGGACAGUAUACGUUUAUAUAUGGAAUACAUCAAUUCACCAUCUACUAAGCAGUCUGAACAAAACCCAUUGAAAAAGUUAAAAGAAUGUUUAGCUAAGCGAAAGGGUAAGCAUUUGAUUGUAUUUGAUGACACUCUGAGCAAAAAUUUAUACGGUGAUAUCUUUGGUGCAUUUUCAUCAGUAAGCAAUGUCACAGUUAUUUUAACAACACAAGAUAGUAAACCAUACAUAUGUAAAGAUAUACUACAAGUAGGUCCAAUGCUACCUGAUGAGGGAAAACAGUUGUUUCUGGAAAUCCUUGAAGACUCUUAUAAUGUGAUGAAUGAAAUCCAUCUACCUAUCAAAGACAAGGAUUUAGAGGCCCUUCUUGUGGAAAUAGAUUAUUGUCCAAGUGCCAUAACUUUAUCUGCUUAUAACAUGGCUCAUUCAAGAGUGUCUAUACAGAAGUAUACUGAAGAUGUGAAACAAAAAGGAAAACACCUUGAUAAUGAUGAACUCUUGCCUGCAGGUCCAUUAGAAACACACAAAAUCAAUAUUAAAAAUCUGAAAGAAGAAAUGGAAGCUGCAUAUCCAAAUAUUAGUACAUCAGUACUCCAAAUAUGUGGUUUUUUAUACAAGAGAAAGAUUCCUCUGUUCAUUUUACAGCUAGUCAUGGAACAGGAGAAAGUAGAUGAAGAUGACAUAACUGAGUAUAUUGAUAAGCUAAUUGAUAAGAUGCAACGUAGGUCGCUAGGGACUUUGUCCACUGAUGGUACUGAGGAGGAAAGAUUUCUCAAUACACAGGGAUUGUUUCAAAUAGCUUUGCGCUCGGAAAUGACAAAUACAGAGAAGUGUGAUGUAAUUCAAAAGCUUAUGGCUGCCUUGGUGUGUUAUCUAGGCAAAGAUGCCCCUGCUGUGUUUGGGAAUGUAAAAAUGAUGACAUUGCUCGUACCACACGUUAAGUCAGUUCUUGAUCAUGCAAAUGCAAAGGGAUUGAAACACGAUCACCUCGGUAUUGUCCUGAUGGAAAUACGCCUGUAUGAUGUAUUGGGAUACAUUUAUAGUGUGCAAUCAAGUGAUUAUGAGUUGGCAUGUGAAACCUAUGAAAAAUGCUUGAACCGAUUUUACAAAAAAGUUCUCCAAAUUGAUAAUCAGAAAAGGUUUGAUCAUGACAUAAUCACAAAUCUUAGGCGCCAAAAGCAGACGGCACAGUGUACAGCCCCAUGCAAUGUAGACAACAGUUUUAUUAAGGAGAAGGCAAAGCUUUUGACCCGAAAACUAUCAGAUGUCACACGUGAAAUUAACGACGAUAGAAUUGUUAGUCGACUAUCAAAAGAAGAACUAGAAGAAAAUAUCACCAAUAAGGUGCUUACAAAACAUGAUGUGGAAAUAAUGGAGAAAAAAUGUGCACGCGAGAAUGACAAAACAGACCGAUAUUGUGAAGUACCAAAAUGUCUUCAGAGAAACAGAAUCAACAAAGAGAUAUAUUUGGAAUUAGUUGAAUCAAAUUUGGCUAUGCCCCUCGUGAAAGCUUCCAAAUUCUUCAUUCAUGAAUUACUUGUGUCCAUUUUGUACUCGUACGGCCGUCUUGCUUUCUACCCAAGUAAUUGGCCACUAGAAAAAAAGGAAAUGUUUCAGAAUCUAUUGAAACUGUCUAUGAAGUUGUGUGAAAUGCUUGCUGAUGAAGGAGUACAUAUCUUGCAUUAUGUUCUCUGUGAGAGAAAUGCAUUAUUGUACUACCUAAAUAGUAAAACACAUUUUGAUGGAACUGAAAAAUCAGAAAAUGAAUUUCGAGGUGAUAUGAAACAAGCUUUAGAAAAGUAUAAGCAAAUACUGUCUGAUGAGAAAUAUAACAAAGAGUUCUUCCAGUAUGGUAUAUUGAAGAAAACUGAAGACGAUGCCUACCACAGAGACGUAUGUCUUAAGCAAUUAGCUAAAAUACACACACAUAUUUUGGAAAUGGAUCAUACAGAGGAGGACAUUAAGGAUGCUUUGAAUACUUUGACCAAAAUGGAAAAUAUUGAGAAUCCUGACAAACGGUUCAAGCAAGCCAUGGACAAACUACAAACUGUGAUAAACUCAGAAACUACUAGGUCUAAUGAGAAAUAGAAAACACACACUGUACACCUCAUAAUAGAUAGAGCCCAAAAAGUUACAGAAACUAUUCAACCAAUGGAAAAUGAUAAAGCACCACAUUUUUUACAUUUCACUCAUAAUUUAUCUUGUCAUGCAUUAUCAAAAAUGUGUAUAGUUUUGAACAUUGUAGAUGAUUUUCAAUUUGGUGUGCUAACUAGUGAAUAAUCUGCUAUAUUUGCUUACAAAUGUUAAUUCGUUUAUCUUUCACGUUUCUAUAAGGAGAUAUAUGGAGAUCACAAUAAUGGAAGAGUCUUAGACUCCUAGCAAUGUUCAAAAGCCAUAAUAAUUAUUUCACUUUGACUACAGAAUCUAGUGUAUAUAAUUGUAUAUCUGACACAAAGAACAAUAGAGAGUUUUUGGAAUAGUUAAUGUCCAAAACUUUUCAAGACAAUAUAUACUUCAGAUUCUUGCAAUGAGAUCAUGUGAUCUACGGUGCUGUGGAGUUUUUAAAAAACAAUGAAUGUUAAGACCUUUACAUUUAGAUACAAUAUUUGUGUUUUGAUUGUAAUUAUCAUUUGUAAUUAUUACAUGAGGGUUCCACAACAUUCAAUGUAUGCUUAAAUAUAAUCUACUAAUCUUCGAAAUCUACUAAGUAUAAGAUAAAUCAGUUAUUAAAUGCUCGAUUUUUGAUACAGGGUAUAUCCUUCGGUAAAUACAAUAUAUCAACCCUCAGAUGUACCCUGUAUCAAAAACCUCCCAUUAAAUAACCUAUAUAUGCACCCUCUUAUGGGUAUCUAGUGCCAAAUCUAUGAAUUUAUGUUAGACAAUAGUAAAUAAAUAUACAGUAUAUAUGUAUAAUAUAUAAAGUAUGCUGAGUUCAAUUUCAAAUCACUUCACACUAUUUUAGCAUGUGGUAGUGAGAUAUACAGGGUGGGCAAAAAAAACGCCACUUUUUUUCAAAAUGCUAUAACCUUUUUAAUUUUUGAUACAAAAUCAUAAUUCACAUACCAAAUGAAACUUGAGGUUGUUAUCUAGCCAUUGAUCAUGAAUUAUACACUUUUACUUGAAUAAAAUAUGUCACCAGCGUCUCACUUAAACAUGUGGUGUGCCAUGAGAAAUAAGCAUAAUUUGCAUAAUGUUCCUAAACUGAUACGCCCUGAUGACCACAAGCUAAUAGCCUUUAUUCAAACCCAAGUGAGUAUAGGGCAUGGGGAGGUCUCCAGGAGAUGGUAUGAAGGCACCCGAUCUAAAAAAUUGCUUAACUAAAGCUGGCAAUUAAGACACAUUGAAAAAAAUAUAGCUAACAUUUUAUUGAUACUGCUAUAUCAGCAAGGUGACUAAAACUAGAAUCUAUCAUCAAAUGGGGUGGCGGACCAAUUGAACUCCUCUUUUUAGAUCAAAUAUAAUCCCAGUUGAAGGACCCGUUACAUUAUAUUAUUACUAAGAACCCUUGGCACUAUAUAACAGCAAAAUUUUGGGUAUGUAGGUUGGAAAAUAAAAAAGUUAGUGUCUUGAAAAAAAAGUGGCGUUUUCUUUUGGCCCACCCUGUAUAGAUGGAGAUAUAUGCAAUAUGAUACCAAGUGCAAAAGAUCUUAUUUUUGAAUUGCUUGCACACUAAAAGCUCAGAAUGUCAAUAUAUAUUACAAUUAAAUGCUUGUACCUUUGAAAGAUGUGUUUGUGAAAUACAGGCUUUCUCUGACAUAUUUUUGUAUUUUUCUCACAUCAUUGAAUUACAUGUACUUAUAUUACCAUGUUAUGCUUCUGAUGUACAUAUGUUUCAAUAUCUGAUGCAGAAAACUUUCAGUUAUAUAUUUUUCCUUGCAUCGCAUCAGGGUUAAUUAAUUUGUCUAAAUGUCAGAUUGUUUCAUGUGAUGUGAUUUUAUAAGGACUGUAUUUUCAAAGAUUUUAGUAAAAUAUACAUACAAUUAUACAUGUACUGCACAUGAAUAUUUUAUGACAACUGGUAAUUAAUUGCAGUAUUUAUCAAAUUCCAUGAAAUUUCAAAAUGGAUCUUUUGUUUACUUUCGAUCCAAAUGAGAUUCAUGGCAUGUAAACAGGUUUCUGUACAGUUUUUAUUUUUCAAAAUAUGCAUGAAUACUUCCAGUUUUGUCCAUAUUGAAAAUUUGUUUCUACAAGGGGCUUCAAUGCUUCAUAGAAAAUAACUUGUGAAAGAUGCACAGGUGUUCACUAAAAUGUAAAUAAACAGUUGGAUGUUAUUCUCAUUUGUAUAUCAAACGUAUUCCCUGUUUGAGCUAAUUGACCAAGAAACUAUUUAUUGUGGACAAAAAGACCAGGAAUGGUGGUUGCCUGGUUGGUAUGGCAUAUGAUUUUAGAAAGUCCUAUAUUUACCAUGAAUAAUUUGUCACAAUAAAUUCAACAUGUCUCAUCAAAAUAAUUUUUUUUUCCAAAUUUUAGCUUUAUAUUUUGUUAUGUCAUCCACACACAUGUAUCAGAGUGACUUAUGAAAUUAUAAAACUUGAAUUGCACAUGUACAAGCAAAUAACAGCAAUUAAGUUCCACAUUUUGCACUUGUUGCAUGUGCCAGUAUGUCCAUGUGCGUCAUACAUGAUUAUAUAUAGAGCAAUUAACACUA